AGGAGGGCUUGCAAUGAGCACAUCAGACAACACACACCCGCAGGUAGCGCUUCGUGAAGGCCCACACCACCUCUGUGGCUGAUCUCUGGUGUUCCUCCAGGCUCUGGGGGUCAACUUUCCGCCGGAUGUCGGACCAUCCAACGAUCACUACGAUGUCACUGAAGGCGCACACUCACAGGUAAUGUGCUUUAAAGCAUCACGCGUGUCUGACCUUCUAUGCGUUCGACAGGUGGGUGGUGGGAUGAUGGCUGCUGCGCCAGUCAACGAGCACCAUGACGGCCGCCACACACAGGUGCGAACAUUCUUGAGAUCCUGCCGCCUCAGUCAUUGGUUGAUUGUCUGUCCUCAGGCUGGCGGUGGUGACGAGAUGGUUAGUUUCGCCGCAGCCGAGUUGGAUCGUCAGGUAAUGCACGGAAGUGAGUGUUUGGUGUGGUGUACGUCAAGGUAAUUGCCUUUCUUUCAUUUGUCAGACGGGCCAUGUGGCCGUGAAUGUGGUUGCUGGACCGCCGACACUGUCGCUCAGCGGCCACAAUGACGAGCAAACGUCGUCCCAUGUGCAGACGUGUCUUCCACCACAGAUCAGCAUUGGCGUUCCGGUCGCCAGCCCACCACCACCACCACCACCAGCGGCAGCAGCAGCAGCAGGAGGCCAUUUUUAUUAUGAGCAUGACUCCGAACCCAUAACAGAUAUACACCACGCUGUCGCUCAAGUGAGGGAGGCGUCUAUCUGUCUGGCGUAUGUAUAUCUCUCUGUGUGUAUGUGUGCGUGUGUGAGUCAGCCCCACCCUGACCACGCCUCGCCGUUCCCUCCCUCGCCGCCCCGCACGCGGCAGCGGGCACAGUCCCUCCCACCCCGAUCCUUACAGGUCAAUUGUACGCCAUUGAAUCAAUCACGAUCUUACCUGUGCAUGUAUACAGGGGGAGAUCUCUGUCGGCGAGAGGCAACAACUGGUUGACGAGUUUGAUCAACGGAAGCAAAGUGGUGGAGAGCCCAUCUCGAUGCCUCAGUUUGCCAAGGAGAAGGGUAUUCCUCUGUGGAAGUUCAAGCAGUGGUACUAUCCCAUCAAGAAACAGAGAGAGGAGGGCAAGCAGGUGGCGGACCCAACCAAGAAGCGCAACAGACAGCCCAAGUAUGCGCAGAUUGAGGAUGAGAUACGCAAGUGGAUGGCGGACCACGAUGACCCCGUGAGCAUCCCUACGAAAGACAUCAAGGCCAAAGCCUUUCAAAUAGCCAAUCAGCUGAGCAUCAGUGGCUUCAAAGCGAGCGAUCCCUGGGUCGGAGACGUGAAGAGACGAUAUCAACAGGUAACAGGUUGAGAUGCAUUUUUGCUUCGUUUCCAUGAUGCUUGCUUCUCGCCUUCGCAGAGUGUUGCUUCGCCGCCUCAGCCGUCUGCAGCCGCUGAGCAGGUUGUCACACCGGCCCCUGCUGCAAUGCAUCCCCCCCACCCCCACCCCUUGCCCAAGCCCCUCGUUUGGCAUGCCCCUCUGGGUCCGCAGUCACCUGCACAGGUGCAACAGACACAGAUCCUAAUGCAUCCGCCCCAUCCACGCCCUCUAUCCAUCCCCCUUACCCACCAGCCGGUGACACACAUGUCAGCAGCAGCAGCAGCAGCAGCAGCGCCAGCACCAGCAGCGCAUUCGGACACAAGUGGCCUGAGCAGACAGGUACGCAGCACACAGCCACAUGCGCUUUCAGUAGUAUAUUUCUCUGCUCGCAGAGCGCAGCACCUGCCCCAGCACCACCAUCCAGCAGCGACAGGCACACCGACUCACAGGUGGGACGCCAAAUGAUCUACGAGCUGCUUGUACGAUUUUCUGUGUUGCACUGCAGGGCCAAGUGGCUGGUGAGCCGGAUGCAGUGCAAGUGGCGGAUGGAUUCAUCGGCCGUGGCUCUAACGAUGCGGUAAGCCGAGACGACACGAAGGCGACGAGAGAGGUCAUGUGUCUUUGCUUGGUUGAUUGCAGACCAAUGUCUAUUCAGCAGACGCUCAGCCGGCUGCUGCUGUCGAUCAGCAGUCUGAGCAGCGCUGGCAGCCCUCAGAGGGGCGCAACACGAUGAGCGUAAGCCAUGUCGAUGCCCGCUUCUGUUGGUGAUAGACGCAUGUAUCAUGCUCCGUUUGCUCAGAUGGAAGCAUCCGUGAGUGGGCAGACAGGCGAGAGGCCGCCAGCGAAGAUCCCAAGGAGCGACAACCGCAGCCAUCGAGACGCCCCACCCUCUGUGGUGAGCCGACUGCAUUGCGAGAUGCUAUCACAUGCAGGCAUGCACCUCUUGUUUCGAUGUAUGCAGGUGUUGUCUCAUUCAUAUGCCGAGACUGCAUUCAGCAUCACGGCGGAUGAUCAUCGGAGUGAUAUACAAGAGGUCACAUUGAGAGAGGACCCAGCUGCAUUGCCAGCAACAUGCUGUCUGUGCGUGUGAUUCCGUCAUCAGGUUGAUGACAUCAGCGACCUAUCGACAUGCGACCCAUCAGAAGAAGACAUGCGUCAGCAGACAGAGGUCUGUCAUUGCACGUGUGCAUGGCAGACAAGACCUUGCGUGAGUGCUUCGGGGACUCUCGCCAUCUGCAGGUGAUUCCAGGCAGCAGUCUGAGUGCGUCAGAAUUCGCGACCCUCUACUCAUUGUCCGUGCCAUCGAUCGGCGACGUAUGCGUCUUCACACUGCUGUACAGGUAG